UUCUACCACCAUGGACUCAAGCAGCCAAGAGUGCCACUAGAAAAACUAAUCAAAAGCCCUCUCUAUUCACUGCUCAUUCACACGACACCGACAUGUCUGCCAACGGGGUGAGCAGGGUCUUCACCCCUGUGAUUCAAGGCAAGAACCAGCAGCGCAGCAUGAACAACAUGCAGAACCAUAACACGGGAAACAAUACAAGUGCCCCUGUGACCGGCACCUCGCUCACCGGUGGCUCCUUCCUAAGUGGCAACUCAGUUAAUGGACCAGCACCGCCGCAGGUCCCAAGCACUUCUUCCUUUGGCAUCGGGGGCAAUUCGAACUUCUGAGGUGGCAGUAGCAGGACCACGGUCCAGCUACCAUCCUGAACUAAAUAGCACGAACCUGCAAGAAUAAAGCACGUACUGCAUGUGUAAUGUACGUCCAAAUAAAAUGACCUUACCGCGUAUUAUGGAGUCAUGUACAUGUAUGCUUGAAUAAAGUGAUGGGCCUAGCUAGCUCAGGGCUUAGCUAGAGAGCCGAUUGACGCA